AUGAUAGGAGGAGUGCAUUCGUUGGAGCAAAACAUAAAGGAUCGUCAAAGCAGAGGAGUGCAUUCAGUGGAGCAAAACAGUCAAGGCACCGAGGAUUCAAACUUUGGUGAAGACACUCAAGCCAGUCGUAAAGAAAGAAGGACGUGGACUCCAACAGACGAUGUUGUGCUCAUCAGCUCGUGGUUAAACACGAGCAAAGAUGCAGUAGUAGGAAAUGAGCAAAAGUUUCUUGCAUUCUGGAAAGAUUUGUUGCGUACUACAAUGCUAGUCCUAAGCUUGCUGGCUGUGAAAAGAGAGAGGCAUCUCACUUUUUGUGGAGCAUAUGAAGCUACGACCAGAGAGAAAAGCAGUGGUCAAAACGAGAAUGAUGUUCUCAAACUAGCCCAUGGAAUCUUCUUCACCAACCAUAAAAAAAAGUUUACCCUUGAGCAUGCUUGGAAAGAGUUGCGUAAUCACCAGAAGUGGUGUGAGCUAUCUACGGGUAAAAAUGAUGGAAGCUCCAGAAAGAGGAAGUGUGGGGAUAUUUCACAUUCAGCAAGCUCUAAAGCAACUGAAGCAGAUUAUGCUGACGAUGAUGAAGUAACAAAUCGUCCCAUGGGUGUUAAGGCAGCAAAGGCUCGUUCUAAGAAGACAAUGGUUGAUGGGAAGGAGCUGUCUGAGUUUCAGACAAUGUGGAGCAUCAAGAAGCAAGAUUUGGCUUUGAAAGAAAGGAUGUCUAAGAUGAAGGUACUUGACAGUCUCAUUGCUAAACAAGGACCACUAGCGGAUUAUGAAGAAGCUUUGAAGAAGAAACUCAUCCAUGAAUUGAUGUCUAACUAG